UCCUCCGAGCUUCCUUGAAUAUUCCGAUAUCCUAGUGAAUCAGUUGUUUUUCACUUUAGGACAUACAAAUAUGACCACAGAAAAUUGGCAGUUCAUGGCUAUAUAUUAUGAUCACCAACCCUCAUUGAGAAUUUGACCGAACACUAAACAAUAGCAAAAACUCAGAAGCUGGAGUCUUCACCAAAUCUGCAACCACAUAUAUAAACCAGAGCAGCCAUUGCACAUACACACAGAGCGAGUCAUUCACAAUAUCAUGGAGUCCCCAGGUGUCAAGUACAUCUCAGAAUGCUUUAUCCAACCUCAUACUGCUCCGGAAGAAUCGAAGAAGCCCUUUUAUUUGGCCCCCUUUGACCUCGCCAUGCUCUCCGUCCACUAUAUCCAGAAAGGUCUGCUCUUCACUAAACCCCCUGAAGCCAACAACCCCAGUUUUUUCGAAUCCCUUUUGGUCAAACUGAAGCACUCUCUGUCACUCGCGCUCGUUCACUUCUACCCACUCGCCGGUCGCCUUGUGACGAAGAAAGAACAAGACCCUCAUCUCUACUUGGUCUAUGUUGAUUGUACCAACAGCCCCGGAGCCAAAUUCAUCCAUGCUUCUCUUGACAUGUCCGUCUCCGACAUCCUUUCCCCAACUGAUGUCCCCUUGGUGGUUCAGUCCUUUUUUGACCACGACAGGGCGGUCAACCACGACGGCCACACCAUGUCGCUGUUGACCGCUCAAGUGACAGAGUUGGUGGACGGCGUUUUCAUCGGGCUGUCAAUGAACCACGCUCUCGUUGACGGAACAUCUUACUGGCACUUCUUCAACACUUGGUCGGAAAUAUUCCAAGCCGAAGAGAACAACAAUACUCUCUCCAAGAUCUCACGCCCGCCGGUUUUGGAUCGGUGGUUUCCAGAAGGUCAUGGUCCGAUUUUCAGCCUCCCUUACACAAAUCCGGACGAGUUCGUUUACAGAUUUGAAUCUCCGGAACUCAGGGAGAGAAUGUUUCACUUCUCCUCAGAAUCCCUAGCCAAGCUCAAAGCCAAGGCCAACUCAGAGUGUGGGACUAGCAAAAUCUCCUCCUUCCAAGCCUUGUCUGCUCUUCUCUGGAGGACUAUAACUCGAGCGCGUGCUUUUCCACCGAAUCAAGAAAUCACCUGCAGAUUGGCCGCCAAUAACAGAGCAAGAGUCAACCCUCCAUUGUCUCCUAAUUACUUUGGGAAUUCUAUUCACCCGAUCAGAUCACAACCUGUGAAAGCAGGGGAGUUGCUAGAAAACGGGCUUGGAUGGGCGGCGUCGAAGUUGCACGAGACUGUAGUGAACCACAACGACAAAUGGAUCCGUGGAUCCAUUGAUGCGUGGUUAAAGUCUCCGACGGUGUAUCAAUUGGAUCGGACUUUUGACCCGCACAGCAUAAUGAUGGGGAGCAGUCCUAGAUUCGAUGCGUAUGGCAAUCAAUUUGGGAUGGGAAAAGCUGUGACGAUACGAAGUGGAUAUGCCCACAAGUUCAGUGGUAAAGUGACGUCGUAUUCGGGGCGUGAAGUAGGAAGCAUUGACUUGGAGGUGUGUCUUCCUCCGGCUGCAAUGACGGUUCUUGAAUCUGAUGUGGAGUUCCUGGAAGCUGCAUCUGUACUUGGUUAUGAUUAGUCAAAACUGAUUUGAAGUUCUAUGCAAUUUUUAUUUAACUUUGAAUUUCAAUAAGAUAAGAUGAUGGCUCUACCUAA